UUACGAUGUAUCAGAAACAAGAGUCUGUUGACGAGGUUGCACAGUUAGGAAGUGUGCGAAUACAGAUAACGACGAACAAUGCAAAUCUAGUCUACAUCUGUUGUAUUUCUGCUGUCAGUGCAUUGCGUUUCAUUUCGUUUUCAUGCAGCUAAAAUAGAGACAGCCACUCAAAAUGUUCGCUGGGUUACCUGAGCUGGGAAUAUCCAAUGGAGAAGACCUGAAAGAAACUCUCACUAACUGUACAGAACCCCUGAAAGCCAUCGACCAGUUUCAGAUGGAAAAUGGUAUAUUGUUGCCAACCCUACAGUCUGCAUUGCCUUUCCUGGACCUUCACGGGACUCCACGGCUGGAGUUUCAUCAGUCAGUCUUUGAUGAACUUCGAGAAAAGCUGAUGGAGCGUGUUGCCACCAUUGCAGAGGGCAAGGAUGAGGACAGAUAUGUAAAGCUGGAAGAACUUCUUGAGAAAAGCUUCCCAUUGGUGAAGAUGCCAUCCAUACAGCCCAUUGUCAUGCAAGUGCUGAAACAUCUGCCAAAGGUACCGGAGAAGAAGCUGAAGCAGGUGAUGGCUGAUAAAGAGCUGUAUAAAGUCUGCGCAGUGGAGGUGAAACGGCAGAUUUGGCAAGACAAUCAGGCUCUUUUCGGGGACGAGGUGUCUCCUCUAUUGAAACAGUAUAUUGUGGAGAAGGAGGCGGCUCUUUUCAGCAGUGACCUCUCCAUCCUUCACAACUUUUUCAGCCCUUCACCCAAAACACGGCGACAGGGUGAGGUGGUGCUGAAGCUGACUCAGAUGAUUGGGAAGAAUGUGAAGCUCUAUGAUAUGGUACUACAGUUCCUGCGGACACUGUUCCUGCGCACACGGAACGUUCACUACUGCACCCUGCGAGCUGAGCUGCUCAUGUCCCUCCAUGACCUCGACAUCAGUGAGAUCUGUUCAGUUGACCCCUGUCACAAGUUUUCUUGGUGUUUGGAUGCCUGCAUCAGGGAAAAGUUUGUGGAUGCUAAACGGGCCCGAGAGUUACAAGGUUUCCUGGAUGGGGUGAAGAAAGGGCAGGAACAAGUGUUAGGUGACCUGUCUAUGAUCCUCUGUGACCCAUUUGCCUGUAACACACUAGUGUUGAGUACCGUGAGGAACCUUCAGGAGCUAUUGAGCCAGGACGCCCUGCCCAGAGACAGCCCUGACCUUCUCCUUCUGCUGCGGAUGCUUUCUCUUGGCCAGGGUGCCUGGGAUAUGAUCGACAGCCAGGUUUUUAAAGAGCCCCGAAUGGAUUUGGAGGUGGUAACACGCUUCCUGCCUGCCAUGAUGUCAAUAGUGGUGGAUGAUUACACGUUCACUGUGGAGCAGAAACUGCCAAGUGAGGAGAAAACCUCUCUGACAUACCCCACCAUGCUGCCUGAAACCUUCUCCAGGUAUAUACAGGAAAACAGAGUGGCGUGUGAGAUCGGUCUUUAUUAUGUGCUUCAUAUCGCCAAGCAGAGGAAUAAAAAUGCUUUACAGCGGCUGCUGCCUGCACUGGUUGAUACCUAUAACGACAUGGCAUUUGGUGACAUCUUUCUCCAUCUUCUCACUGGUCAUCUGACUCUGCUUUCUGAUGAAUUUGGAUCAGAGGAGUUCUGUACUGCAGUCUUUGAUAACUUCCUCCUCACAUCUUUCUCUAGUAAGGAGAAUGUUCACCGACACUGUCUUCGUUUGCUGAAUCAUCUCCAUCAGAAGGUGCUGGCGUCCUACAUGGAAACCUUAAUGAAGACGCUUGAACCACCAAAACAGAGCAGUGAGUCAGUGAAGGAGCUGUACACUCUGUUGAAGGAGAAGCUUGAAGCUUCUAAGAAAAGCCCCCCAGAACCAGAGGAAGCCCCUUCUCUGGAUCUCGGCCUUCACCCUGUUACUGUGCCCUCCACCCCCUCCACCCCCACGACCCCUCUUUGAGAGACUGGAUGCCCCAGCCACUAGAGAGCAGCAACAGCAAUCAUGUUCACGUGGGGAUAGACGAGAAGUCUUGUCAUAAAGACUGACCUGAAUGUGUGUAAAAUCCAACAGUGCUGGUUAUGAAUUUUUUUUUCUUUUAUAAGGGUAAUUUUAAAAGCCUUUUCCAUUUUGCAAUUUUUUUUGGCUCAGCUCUAUUUCCAUUUAUAUGCUUAUUUUAAGAAAAUUUAGUCUUGUUUCAUUGUUGUACGAGUUCAAAUGUAGUCUCUUAGCAUUUCAUGGUUGAGUAUGUUUUGCUUUGGAUUGUGUCCGUGACAAGCCGUAGUGUAAAUAAAAUAAUUGGUAAGAAAGUUAACAGUCCUUGAUUUUGGAGUGUUUAAAUGCAUUAAACUUAACUGAUUAGAGUUUUUUUUUUUUUUUUUCCCAACACCUUGUCCAAGCCAGACAUGGCUAAAAGACACAACACAAUCAAUCACAGAUCACUGCCAUUCAGAUGAUUGGCAGCCUCUCUUUCUGCAAGCAAACUGCUGUGUUUCACCCGCUACCAAAUAGAAAGUAAAGUAUUAUUAUAAAAAUAAUGCUUAAAAAAACAUUUAACAAUAUGCAAAAUACAUACUACAUAAUUGAUACAUUGUCAUGGAAUGCACUUUUUUUUUUUUUUUUUAUUGUUUUAUACAUGUUUUUAAAGUGUAAGAUGAAUUAUAUGUUUCAUUAUGGUUGUUUGAAAGUCCAAAUUGGACAAAAAGUUUCCAUCCUUAAUAUAAUCUUGGAAAAUUAUGAAAUUGUCUCUCUAAUGUAUCCUAGGUUUCUUCAAUAAGUAAUAUUUCCCCCAUUGGCUCUAUAAGUCACUACAGGCAAAACCAUUAUUUUUUGCAUGCUCUGGUCAAUUUUGAGACUUUGGCCUAUUUUGCUUCCAUAACAUGUAUUCUUUCUGACUAGUGGAAGAAAAAUCCAAAGUACACAUUUAAGUAUUUAAUUUAUUACACUUUACCUAUUUGUGUCUGUAUAUUUCAAUUCCAAUACAUAUCUUUUCACUUCAAUAGAAUACACAUUCCUAGAGAUCUUUACAUAGGUAUUUGUUCAUAAAACUUUCAUACAUAACAUUUUAUUCCUAAAAAUAUAUUAAUUUAUCUACUGACUGACUGUUGGCAGCAUUUACUGAUUCAUGGAAUGAUAAAACAAAAUUUAUUUUGUAAAAAGUAAACUGGCUUCAUCCAAUGUUUAGAUUUCUGUUCUAUGCAAAUGAGUGUAGAUAAUGGUUUGCAUAUUUAGACAUAACAUAAUAUUUUCAUUAGUUCACUUAUUUUAUUUUUCUCUUUCACCUUUUUUUUUUUUGUACAUAAAAUGCCUAGAACAUUCUCUGUGCUGCUGUCUCCACCUAGUGUCUUGUAAUGAGGUCCUGGCUCAGUGAAGCCUUCUGUCUUGUGAUGGUUGUUGUUGUUGUUGUGUGUUAUAUGCUGCAGCUCAGAGUAAUCUGACAGAUGCACCAUAACCUCUACAGUCCCUCCUCUUACUGUCAUAGCUGAGCUUCUCUGGUGGUUCCGAUUCAUUUAUGUCAUUGUCAGUUGCUAUCAAUUGUGUAGCUUAUAAUCAACCAACCAUAUCCAUCUAUCAAUCAUGCUAGCAUUCAGCUGGAUUUUUCCAGUCAUCACCUGGUGGAAAUUAUGGUGUACGGUCUAUGGUGUUUCCCCAUGGUAAAUAAAAUAACCGCAGCAAUAUUUAACAUCUUCCCCACACUAAUAAAAUGUGUUUACUUUAUAAAAGUACUGGUUACAAUAAAUAGGAAUUGAGCAAGUACUUAAAAGGAAGACGUGCCUAUAUUUGAAACCGAGAAGACACCAAGCGCCCACAGAGAUAAUAAGCUCUUCCUUUUUUUACUUCAGUUUAAAAAAAAGCCUGUUGUACUGUCAUAGUUUAUGCAGCGGCUUUUGCGCCACAUUUGUAUCGAUGUCGAGCAAGCACUUUUCAUUAGAAGAGCAUUUAAUUCACAUCUUUAAGAAACGCUCUUAAUUAUUUUACGUCACGAUGUUUCUUUGCUUUAUUUUUCAAAAUAGCCUACAUCUCUGGAUUUAAUAGAGUUUUACAAUAAAAGUAAAUCCCAGUUUUUCAA